AGGCUUUAGAUGACUUACGUCACGACAUUCUCAAAGUGAAAAUACAAAGAUAAAUAUAAGUACAUACUUCUUACUUGUCAAAUCGGUCUAUAAUGGCUGGAAUUAAAGGUUAUUCGGCAUAUAUAUUUAAUCGCAUAAAUACAUAAGCUUUUAUCAUAAAAUUAAAAAAUAUGAUAUUGCCGAUGGAAGUUUAAUGAAAAAGCUGAAUUAAAGAUGAUAUGUCUAAACAUAACCUUACUACUCUUAUUGUCAUUGCUGUCAAAUUUUUAUAUAUUAGUACUUUUGGCAUUUGGUGGCUCUAUUGGUAUGACAUUUGUUAUACUAGGUUGUGCUUUACCUGCAUAUAAAGUAUGGUGGCCACUUUUUGUCAUACUAUUUUAUAUAUUAGCACCAAUUCCAACUAUAAUUGCACGUCGUUAUACAAAUGAUUUUGACAAUAAUCCUAAUCCAUGCUUGGAAUUUGCAAUAUUCAUUACUACAGGUUUUGUUGUAUCAUCAUUUGCUCUUCCUAUUGUCUUAGCUCGGUCUCCAGUCAAUAAUCCAGUGAUACAAUGGGGCGCUUGUUACUUGACUUUAUCAGGUAAUAUUAUUAUGUAUCUAACUCUAGUCGGACUUUUUGCAACCUUUGAUCAGGAUGGGGUUGGAUAUAACACAUGUUGAAAUGGUGUACUUCAUCGUACUUAUUUAUUAAUUUUACAUGGUUUUUGCGAAAUAAAAAGGAAGAAUACAAAUCAUAUAUUGCACUGACUGACAGUUAUGUGUUGAUUUUAAGUCAUUGCAACAUUUAUAGUAUAUUACUUACAUGAUACAUACAUAUAUAUAUAUAUAUAUUAUACUAUAUAUAGUAUAUAUAUAUUAAUACUAUAACAAAGAGUAUUAAAAUAACCAAUACUAAAGUUAA